AUGAGCUCGUCGUUUGCAGUGCUUUUUGGUGCUGUUGCCAUCCUUCUGGUUGUUGCCAUACCGUCCAAUGUGGCAGGCGGAAAGCGUGAGGCGCCUUUGAACAAUGCCUAUCUGCCGCCUUCGUCUCCGUCUAGACCUUCGUCCAAGUAUGGUGCUCCACCUGCCAGCUCCUAUAUGCCUCCGGCGUCAGGUCCAGCGCCAUCUUUCAACUCUCAUCCCAGUCCGUCUAGCAGCUACUCCGCUCCUCCCGCCUCUUCAGGCGGUGCAUAUCCCGCGCCCGCCCACAGACCUUCCAGCUCGUAUGGCGCCCCUGCUCGUCCAGCACCGCCACCAUCCUCUAGCUACGGUGCUCCACCAAGUCGUCCCAGCCAAUCGUAUGGACCGCCGCCAGCUAGGAAGCAUCACUCUCGUCGUCCGGCAUCGAACUAUGGUCCUCCCAAGUCAGCACCACCUUCCCAAAGCUAUGGCGCUCCAGCUCCACCGGCACAGAAGUACGGCCCACCUAAAUCGUCACCUCCAUCGACCAGCUACGGCGCCCCAUCUCGUCCAUCUUCGACAUAUGGAGCUCCAAGUGUGAGCAGCUUUGUUCCAUUACCUUCAGCCCCGUCAACAAACUACGGUGCGCCCUCCAAGACGCAAACUCUGGGUAGCAGCGGCUACACCUCUGGACCAGCUGCUCCAGCUCCACCCUCAUCGUCAUACGGCGCUCCAUCGAGCUCCAGCUCCUUCCAGCCAGUCUCGUCGCCUUCCUCUCGUUAUGGUGCUCCCAGCGCCCAAGUGCAAAUAGCGGUGGAUCUUAUCCAGCAGCUCCAUCAAGCUCGUAUGGAGCUCCAUCCGCACCGUCAAGCUCCUACUCAGCGCCUAGUUCCGGAUCUAACAGUGGAGGACCUUAUCCUGCAGCUCCCUCAAGCUCAUAUGGAGCUCCAUCCGCACCCUCAAGCUCCUACUCAGCGCCUAGUUCCGGAUCUAACAGUGGAGGACCUUAUCCUGCAGCUCCUUCCAGCUCGUAUGGUGCUCCCAGCUCAGCUCCUUCCAACUCGUAUGGUGCUCCCAGCUCAGUUCCUUCCAGCUCCUACUCUGCUCCCAGUCCAAGUGCAAACAGUGGAGGACCUUACCCAGCUGCAAAGCCAUCUAGCUCAUACGGAGCACCAAGCUCAGGUCCCUCGAGCUCCUACUCGGCACCAAGUCGCGGAUCUAACAGUGGAGGACCUUAUCCUGCAGCUCCCUCAAGCUCAUAUGGAGCUCCAUCCGCACCAUCAAGCUCCUACUCAGCGCCUAAUUCCGGAUCUAACAGUGGAGGACCUUAUCCUGCAGCUCCCUCAAGCUCAUAUGGAGCUCCAUCCGCACCAUCAAGCUCCUACUCAGCGCCUAGUUCUGGAUCUAACAGUGGAGGACCUUAUCCAGCAGCUCCUUCCAACUCCUAUGGUGCUCCCAGCUCAGCUCCAUCCAGCUCUUAUAGUGCUCCCAGCUCAGCUCCUUCCAACUCCUAUGGUGCUCCCAGCUCAGCUCCAUCCAGCUCUUAUAGUGCUCCCAGCUCAGCUCCUUCCAGCUCCUAUGGUGCUCCCAACUCCGCUCCUUCCAGCUCCUACUCUGCUCCCAGCCCAAGUGCAAGCCGUGGAGGUCCUUACCCAGCUGCGCAACCAUCUAGCUCGUAUGGAGCUCCAAGUUCCGGUCCCUCCAGUUCCUACUCUGCUCCCAGCUCAAGCGCGAAGAGCGGUGGAUCCUAUCCAGCGCCUCCCUCUACCUCCUAUGGAGCUCCAAGCUCAGCGCCCUCUAGCUCCUACUCGGCACCAAGCCCUGGAGCCAACAGUGGUGGACCUUAUCCUGCUGCUCCGUCCAGCUCAUACGGUGCUCCCAGCUCGGUUCCCUCCAGCUCCUACUCGGCACCUAGCUCAAGCGCAAACAGUGGAGGAUCAUACCCAUCGGCUCCAUCCAGCUCUUAUGGAGCUCCAAGCUCGAGCCCCUCCAGCUCCUACUCAGCACCUAGCCCCGGAGCAAACAGCGGUGGAUCUUACCCGGCUGCACCUUCCUCAUCAUAUGGAGCACCAAGCUCAGCUGGCCACAGCUUUGCAUGCGCUCAUUAAAUCUGACAGCAAUUUGGCAAAGCGACUCCGCACACAUCUCAACACUGAGGCUAUUGAGGAUGUGAAGCGACAGCUGCGUGAUAUACCCACGGGUCUGGAUGCGGUCAUGUCCAAAGCAGUUACCUACGCCUGCGCCUUUCACCAUGCCGGACUCACCACCGAGGAGCGGGACAUUGUUGAGGCCAGCUUUAAGGCAGGCGCACUCAAGGUUAUUGUGGCCACCAGCACCUUGAGCUCGGGAGUUAAUCUGCCCGCACGUCGUGUGCUUAUACGUUCGCCUUUGUUUGGCGGCAAACAGAUGAGCUCCUUGACCUAUCGACAGAUGAUCGGACGUGCUGGGCGCACCGGAAAGGAUACACUUGGCGAAUCUAUACUCAUCUGUACCGAGAGCAAUGCACGCAUCGGUCGGGAUUUGGUGACGGCCCAGCUGAAACCAAUUAGAUCAUGUCUCGAUAUGGAUGGCAGCACACAUCUGAAACGCGCCUUGCUUGAGGUCAUCUCCUCAGGUGUGGCUAGCACGAGGGAGGACAUUGAAAACUUUGUCAAUUGCACAUUGCUCAGUGCCCAGAAUUCAUUGGAGUCAUCAACAGCAAAGGAGCCAGAUCAGGAGGAAGAGGAGGAUUCGCACUACAUUAAUGAUGCAUUGGAUUUCCUUAUCGAAUAUGAGUUUAUACGUUUGCAGACGGACGAGGAGACGGACAAACAGAGCUAUGUAGCCACUCGGUUGGGCACUGCCUGUCUUGCCUCAUCCAUGCCACCAACUGACGGCCUCAUCCUCUUCGCCGAGCUGCAAAAAUCACGCCGUUGUUUUGUGCUGGAAUCAGAGCUGCAUGCCGUAUAUCUGGUGACACCCUAUUCCGUGUGUUAUCAGCUGCAAGAUGUUGACUGGUUGCUCUAUCUGGACAUGUGGGAGAAACUCAAUCCCGCCAUGAAAAAGGUGGGUGAGCUGGUGGGCGUCAAGGAGGCCUUCCUUGUGCGUGCGAUGCGAGGUCAAACAAAGCUGGACUACAAGCUGAUGCAAAUCCAUAAGCGCUUCUACACAGCUCUGGCCCUGCAGGAGCUGGUCAACGAGACGCCCAUCAAUGUGGUGGCCCAUAAAUUCAAAUGCCAGCGCGGCAUGUUGCAGAGUCUACAGCAGAUGGCUUCCACAUUUGCCGGCAUUGUGACUGCCUUCUGCAAUUCCUUGCAAUGGUCAACACUUUCUUUGGUUGUCUCCCAGUUCAAGGAUCGCCUGUACUUUGGAAUUCACCGCGAUCUUAUAGAUCUAAUGCGUCUUCCUGACUUGACCCACAAGCGUGCGCGAGCUCUUUACGAUGCGGGCAUUACCAGCCUUGUGGAGCUGGCUAAUGUCAAUGUGCUGGCUCUGGAGCAGCUGCUUUUUAACUCCCUAAGCUUCGAUUCAGCCAAACAACACGAUAAUGAGAAUGCGCUCGAAGCUGCACAGCGUAACUCGGCCAGGAACUUCUUUAUCACUGGCAAAGCUGGCAUGACAGUCGCCGAGGCAGCCAAAUUGCUAAUCACCGAAGCCCGUCAGUUUGUACAAUAUGAGAUUGGAGUCGGAAAUAUUCAGUGGUCACAAGUGGCGCCAAGUCCAAGCCCUACAGCGGAUGCAGGCUUAAAACCAACUGGGAGUAAUUUAGGAGUUGAACAACUGCAUAUGUCUGUGGAGGAGGAACAUCCAAAGCAAGAGUUGAUCAGCUCCCAAAACAAACGCAAGUCUUCAGACAGCGAAGAUCGAGCAAGAGUUAAGGUGUCACCACGUAAAAUACGCAAGCUCGAUCCAGUCGCCCCUAAGCCCGAAAAGUUGCAGAAGAUUGCAAUGAGUAAGCAGCAGCAGACGCCAAAGAUUCCAAUGAGCAAUCCCCAGCAGAAUGCCAAGGAAACCGCAAAAAUAAACAAUGUUGCUCAGCCCGAAAAGAUGCCAAAGAUUCCCCUUAGUAUAGUUCUGCAAAAACCGGAGGAAAACCCAAAAAUAACCAAGCUUGCUGAGCAGAACGAGUUCCAAAAGGUACCAAUGAAUAAACACCUCCAUAAGCCGAAGGAAAGUCCACAAAUAAUAGCGGUUCCAACGAAAGAUGAUGUAAAACUCGAGCCAAUAUCAAAAUCUCAGCUAAAUACUCAAGCACAACCUUCGAUAGGUACAGAUACUCUACCAGCAUUGAAGCCACUAAUGGAGUCCAACCGGAUCAACUCAAUUGGAACAGUCAAAGUAAAUGCACCUGCUGUGGAAACUGAGGAGAAACCCAGCACUAGCGAAUCCAGUCGAAAAGAGCUGCUGAAAAAGGAAAUGGAGGAACGUCGUCGCAUUGCCAUGAUGAAAAUAAACAAGAGACGUGCGGAAAUGGAAAACGUGCGUCAGGGUUUGCCAACAAAUGCGCCAGCAGAGACAAUGGUCGGAUCUACGCCACCAACAACAAAACUGGACAGCAAUAAGGAGAACAAAUGUGAGAGCAAUGUGAAAAGGGAAUUCAAGUCACCAACCAAGAGCAGUGAAUCAACAACACCCAAAAGAAUGGACACCGAGAGCAAGAGCAAAAGCCGAAACAACACACCAAUGCAGUUACCACGACGCAGUCCACGAAACCAUCAAAGUACAUGCAAGACACCCGCUGUUGACCAGGAUCUCUUCACGGGAGAUGACUCCUUCAUGCUGAGCACAGGUGUAACAGCAGCGCUCACUGCAGCUGAAUCAAAGAUGCAAGCGGAUACGGAUGAGAUUCCCAGCUCACAGCCAAAGGAGCCAGUUGUCUGUAGUGUCCAAACGCCGCAUGCAUCUCGUCUAAUGCGCUCCUAUCAGUUGCGUUCCCAGCGCAGACAAACACCCAGAUCAAAGCCAACGGAACCAGAGCCUGAAGUGGUAGAUGAGCCAUCGGAGAAUGUCGCUUCCUCGAUAGAACUAUCCAAUUUAUCUUUGGAAAACUCGCUGUUGAAGCAUCCUCUCCAGCUAAAUGCAUCGCAUAUACUCAGCUGCUCCAAGACGGAUGAGAAUGCCUCCAAUUUCAGCAGCAUUGAUAUCGUUGACAUCUGUGGCAAUCGAGAACUUUUUCAAUUGGCAUUUGAGGAGCUUCACAAGGCGACUCGCUGUGGAUUUAGUAUUGGAUUACAGGCUCAGGCGGGAAGACGUAAGCCUUUAAUUGGCGCCAAUCUAUUGAUCAACCAGGUGGCAGCGGCCGAACAACGUGAAGCAGCGGCAGGCACAGAGAUACUCUUCCAGGUGGACGACAACUUCUUUAUAGCAGGUGUCGCCUUUUGUCUGGCCGAUAACGUGGUUUAUUACAUGAACCUGCAACCGGAGGAGUCUCAACUGAUCAGCAGCGAAACAAAAAUGAAGGAAUUGUGCAAUUUGAUGGAGAAACAGGAGCUAACAUUACUGAUGCACGAUGGCAAAGAGCAGCUAAAGACUCUGUGUCAUGCUUUGCCUCAAUUGCAGACUAUUAACGUUAUGCUGGAGGAUCCCAAGGUGGGCAACUGGCUGUUGCAGCCCGACAGAUCGCUUAGCUUUCAAAAUAUGUGCCAACAGUUCGCCCCAGAGUGUACAGCAUUGUCCAAUCUUUGUGGCAGUGGACGUGGAUAUAGCAGCUAUGGUCUGGAUGCCAGCAGCGCCAUAAUGCCCAAGGUGCGAUCCUCCAUCGAGGCAUGCGUAACGGUGCACAUACUCAACGGGCAAAUCGAGAAUCUGGAACGCAUUGGCUCUGGACAUUUGCUCAAGUUCUUUAGAAAAGUGGAGAUGCCCAUUCAGGUGUCGCUGUGUAACAUGGAAUGCAUUGGUUUUCCAGCCAAGGAACAUCGACUGCAGCUUCUCUUUCAGCAAAUGCUCGGCACAAUGAAAAAACUAGAGAGCAAAAUCUAUGAGCUUCAUGGAUCGCGUUUUAAUUUAGGUGCCUCCCAGGCGGUGGCCAAGGUAUUGGGACUGCAUCGCAAGGCAAAUGGACGCGUCAGUACAUCCCGACAAAUUCUGGAGAAACUGGACUCACCCAUAUCGCAGCUAAUAGUCAGCUAUCGGAAGCUGAGCAUGCUGCUAUCCAAGAACAUGCAACCGUUGCUCAAAUGCUGCCAGAAUAAUCGGGUGCAUGGCCAGAGUAUUACCUACACGGCCACCGGACGUAUAUCGAUGUCCGAGCCCAAUCUACAGAAUGUGGCCAAGGAUUUUGAAGUCGAAUUGAACAACGAGAAGAUCAAUAUAUCCUGUCGAAGCGCAUUUUCGCCAACGAAUGACAAGCGCUGUCUACUCUCGGCAGACUUUUGCCAGCUAGAGAUGCGGAUAUUGGCACACUUGUCACAGGACAAGGCGCUGCUAAAAGUGAUGAACUCAUCGCAGGAUCUGUUUACAGCCAUUGCAGCGCAUUGGAAUAACAUAUCUGAAUCGCAAGUAUCUGAGCAACUGCGCAACGGCACCAAGCAGAUCUGCUACGGCAUUGUCUAUGGCAUGGGAAUGCGCAGUUUGGCCGAAGCACUCAAAUGCACCGAGCAGGAGGCACAGAUGAUAUCAGAGCAGUUCCAUUUGGCAUACACUGGCAUCAAAGAGUAUACCAUGAGAGUUGUCAAGUUUGCACGCAAUCACGGCUAUGUGGAGACUAUAACCGGUCGACGUCGCUACCUGGACCACAUCAACAGUGGCGAACCUCAGCUAAAGAGUCAAGCCGAACGCCAGGCUGUUAAUUCAUCUAUCCAAGGCUCAGCUGCAGAUAUAGCCAAAAAUGCGAUUUUGUCCAUGGAGAAGAGCAUUCGACGCUAUCGGGAAAAGCUUGGUUUAGCUGAAAACUCGGUUAACUUGGUGUUACAUAUACACGAUGAACUUAUAUUCGAGGUGCCCGUGGAGAAAGCAAAGAAAGUGGCCAAAAUUCUGAGUCUCACAAUGGAAAACUGCGUUAAAAUAAACGUGCCGCUGAAAGUGAAACUGAAAAUAGGUCGCAGCUGGGGCGAGUUGAAGGAAGUAAAGGUCUAGGCUUUUUAUAGGUUAUCAAAUUUCACACAUGAUUUUUAUUGUUAUUAUUUUUAUAUUUGUGCCUUUUUGGGCUUACAGUUUAUUUACUUUGUUUUUGUUCCCAUUCUGUCCAUGAGCCGGCAUAAGCCUUGGCACUGCAAUUGUAAUGAGUUUUGUGUAAAUAAAUAUACAUUUUUAUGUAUGAGUAUGUAUGUA